GAGGGAACUGUACAAAUAGUGAAGAAAUCUGAUUAGUGAGUUAGAAGGACUGAGCCAGACCCAGAGCCACAUCACGGUGCCUCCACCUUGCUCACGGAGAGACAAAUUGACCAGAAGAUCCUGGAACUCACCAACAAGAUAAUUCAGCAGCUGACUGGAGAGGAGGAGGAGUAUAUAGAGGAACACAGGGGUCUGUAUAAGGACGUGAUGAUGGAGAAUCACCGGCCCCUCACAUCACAAGAACUACGAAAAAAUCCAUCUGCUCAUAAUGAGGAAGAACCAGUCUCAUGUGAUGGCGGAAACCUUACGGACCCUGACAUUUAUACACCCACAGAUCAUACACAGGAUACAGCUACUCCUAGUAUGGAGGAACCAGUCUCAUGUGAUGGAGGAACCCUCAUAGACACUGACAUUUAUACACCCACAGAUCAUACACAGGAUACAUCUACUCAUAUUAAGGAGGAACCAGUCUCAUGUGUUGGAGGAACCCUCAUAGACAGUGACAUUUAUACACCCACAGAUCAUACACAGUAUACAGCUACUCAUAUUAAGGAGGAACCAGUCUCAUGUGAUGGAGGAACCCUCAUAGACACCAACAUUUAUACACCCACAUAUCAUACACAGUAUACAUCUACUCAUAUUAAGGAGGAACCAGUCUCAUGUGUUGGAGGAACCCUCAUAGACAGUGACAUUUAUACACCCACAGAUCAUACACAGUAUACAGCUACUCAUAUUAAGGAGGAACCAGUCUUAUGUGUUGGAGGAACCCUCAUGGACAGUGACAUUUAUACACCCACAGGUCAUACACAGGAUACAUCUCAUAUUAAGGAGGAACCAGACUCAUGUGAUGGAGGAACCCUCACAGACACCAACAUUUAUACACCUACAGAUCAUACACAGUAUACAGCUACUCGUAUUAAGGAGGAACCAGACUCAUGUGAUGGAGGAACCAUCACAGACACCAACAUUUAUACACCCACAGAUCAUAUACAGUAUACAUCUACUCAUAUUAAGGAGGAACCAGUCUCAUGUGAUGGAGGAAGCCUCACAGAUACCAACAUUUAUACACCCACAGAUCAUACACAGUAUAUAUCUACUCAUAUUAAGGAGGAACCAUUCUCAUGUGAUGGAGGAACCCUCACAGACACCAACAUUUAUACACCCACAGACCAUACACAGUAUACAUCUACUCAUAUUAAGGAGGAACCAGUCUCAUGUGAUGGAGGAACCCUCACAGACAAUGACAUUUAUACACCCACAGAUCAUACACAGUAUACAGCUACUCAUAUUAAGGAGGAACCAGUCUCCUCUGAUGGAGGAACCCUCACAGACACCAACAUUUAUACACCCACAGACCAUACACAGUAUACAUCUACUCAUAUUAAGGAGGAACCAGUCUCAUGUGAUGGAGGAACCCUCACAGACAGUGACAUUUAUACACCCACAGAUCAUACACAGUAUACAGCUACUCAUAUUAAGGAGGAACCAGUCUCAUGUGAUGGAGGAACCCUCACAGACAGUGACAUUUAUACACCCACAGAUCAUACACAGUAUACAUCUACUCAUAUUAUGGAGGAACCAGUCUCAUGUGAUGAAGGAACCCUCAUAGACAGUGACAUUUAUACACCCACAGAUCAUACACAGUGUACAGCUACUCAUAUUAUGGAGGAACCAGUCUCAUGUGAUGGAGGAACCCUCAAAGACACCAACAUCUAUACACCUACAGAUCAUACACAGUAUUCAGCUACUCAUAUUAAUGAGGAACCAGUCUCCUCUGAUGGAGGAGACCUCACAGACACCAACAUUUAUACACCCACAGAUCAUACACAGUAUACAUCUACUCAUAUUAAGGAGGAACCAGUCUCAUGUGAUGGAGGAACCCUCACAGACCGUGACAUUUAUACACCCACAGAUCAUACACAGGAUACAGCUACUCAUAUUAAGGAGGAACCAGGCUCAUGUGAUGGAGGAACCCACACUGACAAUGCAUCUGUAGAUCAUACACAACAUAAAUCUACUCGUAUUGAGGAGGAACCAGGAUCUUCAUCUAGUGCUGCAAAUAUUUAUACUUAUGUUAGACUUAAGAGAAGUCACACAGGAGAGAAUCCAUAUUCCUGUCCAGAAUGUGGGAAAUGUUUUGCCAGUAAGUCAUAUCUGAGAGUACAUCAGAGACUCCAUACAGGAGAGAAGCCAUAUUCCUGUCCAGAAUGUGGGAAAUGUUUCACUAGACAAUCACACAUGGAAGAACACCUAAGAAGUCACACAGGAGAGAAGCCAUAUUCCUGCCCAGAAUGUGGGAAAUGUUUCACUAGACAAUCACACAUGGAAGAACACCUAAGAAGUCACACAGGAGAGAAGCCGUUAUCCUGCUCUGAGUGUGGGAAAUGUUACAGAACUAGAUCAGGUCUUGUUAAACAUAAGAGGGUCCACACAGGGGAGAACCCGUAUUCCUGCUCUGAGUGUGGGAAAUGUUACAGAACUAGAUCAGGUCUUGUUGUACAUAAGAGAGUCCACACAGGGGAGAAACCAUAUUCCUGCUCGGAGUGUGGGAAAUGUUACACAAGUAGAUCAAGUCUUGCUGUACAUAAGAGAGUCCACACAGUGGAGAAACCGUAUUCCUGCUCCGAGUGUGGCAAAUUCUUUACUACUGCAUUAAAUCUGAAAGAUCACAAAAGAGUCCACACAGGGGAGAAACCAUAUUCCUGCUCUGAAUGUGGAAAAGGUUACAGAUCUAGAUCAAGUUUUGCUAUACAUAAGAGAAGUCACACAGGAGAGAAUCCAUAUUCCUGCUCUGAGUGUGGGAAAUGUUUUGGCAGCAAGUCAUAUCUGAGACUACAUCAGAGACUCCAUGCAGUAGAGUCUCAUUCCUGCCCAGAAUGUGGGAAAUGUUUUGUCAGUAAGUCAUAUAUGAUAGUACAUCAGAGACUCCAUACAGGAGAGAAGCCAUAUUCCUGUCCAGAAUGUGGGAAAUGUUUUGCCAGUAAGUCAUAUCUGAGAGUGCAUCAGAGACUCCAUACAGUAGAGUCUCAUUCCUGCCCAGAAUGUGGGAAAUGUUUCACUAGACAAUCACAACUGGAAGAUCACCUAAGAUGUCACACAGGAGAGAAGCCGUUAUCCUGCUCUGAGUGUGGGAAAUGUUUCAGAACUAGAUCAAGUCUUGUUGUACAUAUGAGAGUCCACACAGGAGAGAAACCAUAUUCCUGCUCUGAGUGUGGGAAAUGUUUUGUCAGUAAGUUUUGUCUGAGAGUGCAUCAGAGACUCCAUACAGGAGAGAAGCCAUAUUCCUGCUCUGAGUGUGGCAAGUGUUUCACCGUAAAAGCACACCUGAAAGAUCACCUAAGAAUUCACACAGGGGAGAAACCGUAUUCCUGCUCCGAGUGUGGGAAAUGUUUCACCAUAAAAGCAUACCUGAAAGGUCACCUAAGAAGUCACACAGGGGAGAAACCGUAUUCCUGCUCUGAGUGUGGGAAAUGUUUCACCAAACAAAAACACCUGAAAGGUCACCUAAGAAGUCACACAGGGUAGAAACCGUAUUCCUGCUCUGAGUGUGGGAAAUGUUUUGGCAGCAAGUCAUAUCUGAUAGUGCAUCAGAGACUCCAUACAGGAGAGUCUCCUCAUUCCUGCCCAGAAUGUGGGAAAUGUUCCACCAGACAAUCACACCUGAAAGGUCACCUAAGAAGUCACACAGGGGAGAAACCGUAUUCCUGCUCUGAGUGUGGGAAAUGUUUCACCAAACAAAAACACCUGAAAGGUCACCUAAGAAGUCACACAGGGUAGAAACCGUAUUCCUGCUCUGAGUGUGGGAAAUGUUUUGGCAGCAAGUCAUAUCUGAUAGUGCAUCAGAGACUCCAUACAGGAGAGUCUCCUCAUUCCUGCCCAGAAUGUGGGAAAUGUUUCACCAGACAAUCACACCUGAAAGAUCACCUAAGAAGUCACAACUAAACUACACUUUGCAGAACUUGACUUCCAAGUGGGUGUCCUUCAUAUUUAACCACUUACCAUGGUGAGAUCACGUGUCCCCUAGUUUUUGACCUGGAGAUCCAUUUUGCAGAUGUGCAUAAUAUAAUAUUGAAAUAGUUUUAAAAAUACUUUUAAAACUAAAAUUUAAAACAACAACUAUAUGAACGGUUUUGAAGGGAAAAAGCAUCACUUAAUGACUCCAAGUUGGUGUUGCACAGAUGUCCUUACUGAUACCUGAGCCUUUUUUGCCGCAUGACAAUAAUAUUAUCGUAGUUGAGAGAACCCUGAGGACUUCGGUACCUUUGCCCUUUGGUCUGAAUAAUGAAGAUAAAUAAUUUUCUCUCACGUCCUAGAGGAUGCUGGGGACACCAUAAGGACCAUGGGGGUAUAGACGGGCUCCACAGGAGACAUGGGCACUAUAAAGAACUUUUAGUAUGGGUGGUGCAUUGGCUCCUCCCUCUAUGCCCCUCCUCCAGACCUCAGUUGGAUCCUGUGCCCAGAGGAGACUGGGUGCAUUACAGGGGAGCUCUCCUGAGUUUCUCUGAUAAAAGAAUUUUGUUAGGUUUUUUAUUUUCAGGGAGCACUGCUGGCAACAGGCUCCCUGCAUCGUGGGACUGAGGGGAGAGAAGCAGACCUACUUAACUGAUAGGCUCUGCUUCUUAGGCUACUGGACACCAUUAGCUCCAGAGGGAGUCGGAACACAGGUCUCACCCUGCCGUUCGUCCUGGAGCUGCGCCGCCGUCCUCGCAGAGCCGUGAGAUAGAAGCCGGGUGAGUAUUAGAAGAAAAGAAGACUUCAAGGCGGCAGAAGACUUCAGAUCUUCACUGAGGUAAGCGCGCAGCGGUAAAGCUGCGCGCCAUUGCUCCCACAACACACACACAGUGCAGGCACAGAUGGGUGCAGGGCGCAUGGGGGGCGCCCUGGGCAGCAAUAAACCUUGGGACUGGCAUAUUGGGAGAUAUUAGACUGUGGAGGCAGUAAAUCCAUGAUCCCCCGCCAUUUUUUGUUAAUUCAAGCGGGACCGAAGCCCGCCGCUGGAGGGGGCGGAGCUUGAUUCCUCAGCACUAACCAGUGCCAUUUUCUCCACAGAAGCUGCAGAGCUGCUGGCUCCCCGGACUCUCCCCUGCUGAACUCAGACAGAGGGCUAGAAAAGAGGGGGGCAAAAUUAUUGGCGCAGUGAGUGUAUAGGUUAUUAUUAUAAUAUAAAAGCGCUAUCUGGGUUAUUCCAGUGUCAGUUUGGUGCUGGGUGUGUGCUGGCAUACUCUCUGUCUCUCCAAAGGGCCUUGGUGGGGAAUUGUCCCCUUAUAGUUAUAUCCCGGUGUGUGUGGGGUGUCGGAUACGUGCAUGUCGGCAUGUUUGAAGCAGAAUGCUCAUCCAAGGAGGAGGUGCAGCAGAUGAGUGGUGUGUCCCCAUCGGCGGUGCCGACUCAGGAGUGGAUGGAUAUGUGGCAUAUGUUAAAUGCAAGUGUGGCAUCACUACAUAAGAGACUGGACAAAGCAGAGUCCAGGGAGACAACAGGGGAUCAAUCCAUGGAUUGGACCGAGUCACAGGGCCCUUCGGGGUCUCAGAAACGUUCCUUGUCACAGAUAAUAGACACGGAUACCGACACGGAGUCUGACUCCAGUGUCGACUACGAUGAAGCAAGGUUGCACCCUAGGGUGACAAAAAAUAUACAGUGUAUGAUUAUUGCAAUAAAAGAUGUUUUGCAUAUCACUGAUGAGCCCUCUGUUCCCGACACGAGGGUACACAUGUUUAAGGGGAAAAAGCCUGUAGUAAACUUUCCCCCGUCCCAUGAACUUAAUGAGUUAUUUGAAAAAGCUUGUGAAACUCCAGAUAAGAGACUGCAGAUUCCCAAAAGGGUUAUUAUGGCGUAUCCUUUCCCUGCACAGGACAGGAUACGUUGGGAAUCCUCUCCCAGGGUGGACAAGGCUUUAACACGCCUGUCUAAAAAGGUUGCGCUGCCGUCUCCUGACACUGUGGCCCUCAAGGAUCCUGCUGACCGCAGGCAGGAGACUACGUUAAAGUCAAUUUAUAUACAUACUGGUGCUUUGCUCAGGCCAGCAAUUGCGUCGGCAUGGGUAUGUAGCGCAGUUGCAGCUUGGACAGAUACUUUGUCAGCUGACAUUGAUACCCUGGACAGGGAUACCAUUUUACUAACUUUGGCCCAUAUUAAGGACGCGUUCUUAUAUAUAAGAGAGACGCUCAAAGAGACAUUGGACUGCUGGGUUCUAGAGCCAAUGCCAUGGCUAUUUCUGAGAGACGAGCCUUAUGGACCCGACAGUGGACGGGUGAUGCGGACUCAAAAAAGCAUAUGGAGGUUUUACCUUACAUGGGUGAAGUGUUGUUUGGGGAGGGGCUCGCUGACCUGGUUUCCACAGCUACCGUGGGUAAAUCUACCUUUUUGCCUUUUGUUCCCCAACAGCAAAAGAAAACUCCACAGUAUCAGAUGCAGUCCUUUUGGUCGCAAAAGUCCAGAAGAGGUCGGGGCUCCUCCUUCCUUGCCAGAGGUAAGGGUAGAGGAAAUAGAACACCUGCUACGGCUAGUUCCCAGGAGUAGAAGUCCUCCCCGGCUUCUACAAAAUCAACCGCAUGACGCUGGGGCUCCCAUAAGGGAGUCCGCAUCGGUGGGGGCACGCCUUCGACUCUUCAGCCAGGUCUGGGUUCGGUCAGACGUGGAUCCUUGGGCGAUGGAAAUUGUUUCCCAGGGCUACAAGCUGGAAUUCGAAGAGGUGCCCCCUCGCCGAUUUUUCAAGUCGGACUUACCAGCUUCUCCCCAAGGGAGGGAAGUAAUGUUAGCUGCAAUUCAAAAGCUGUGCCUGCAGCAAGUGAUUGUCAGGGUUGCCCUGGCCCAACAAGGAAAAGGGUAUUAUUCAACCCUGUUUGUGGUCCCGAAGCCGGAUGGUUCGGUCAGACCCAUUUUAAAUGUAAAAUCCCUGAACUUGUACUUGAAAAAAUUCAAAUUCAAGAUGGAAUCGCUCGGAGCUGUAAUAUCCAACCUGGAAGGGGGGGAUUUUAUGGUGUCACUAGACAUAAAGGAUGCAUACCUUCUUGUCCCCAUAUAUCCCUCUCAUCAGGAGUACCUGAGAUUCGCUGUACAGGACUGUCAUUACCAGUUUUAGACGUUGCCGUUUGGGCUUUCCACGGCCCCGAGGAUUUUCACCAAGGUGAUGGCGGAAAUGAUGGUGCUCCUGCGCAAGUAAGGAGUCACAAUUAUCCCAUACUUGGAUGAUCUCCUGAUAAAGGCGAGAUCAAGGGAUCAAUUGCUGAAGAAUGUGUCGCUCUCCCUGAGAGUGCUCCAACAGCACGAAUGGAUUCUCAAUCUGCCAAAGUCACAAUUGGUUCCAACGACUCGACUAUCGUUUCUAGGCAUGCUUCUGGACACGGAACGGAAGAAGGUUUUUCUCUUGUCAGAAAAAGCCCAGGAUCUCCAUAACAUGGUCCGAGACUGCUAAAGCCAAAAAGAGUGUCAGUUCAUCAAUGCACUCGAGUUUUGGGAAAAAUGGUGGCAGCCUACGAGGCCAUCCCCUUCGGUAGGUUUUAUGCGAGGACUUUUCAGUGGGACCGUCUGGACAAGUGGUCGUACGGGUCCCAUCUACAGAUACAUCAGAAAAUAACACUGUCCUCCAGGGCCAGAGUAUCUCUACUAUGGUGGCUGCACAGUGCUCACCUUCUAGAGGGUCGCAGGUUUGGCAUUCAGGACUGGGUUCUGGUAACCACGGACGCGAGCCUCCGAGGGUGGGGAGUAGUCACGCAAGGAAGACAUUUUCAGGGAAUAUGGUCAGGCCAGGAGACUUGUCUACACAUCAAUAUACUGGAAUUGAGGGCCAUAUACAAUGGCCUACGACUAGCGGAGAAUCUUCUUCUCGACCUACCGGUUCUGAUUCAAUCAGACAAUGUCACAGCCGUGGCUCAUGUAAACCGCCAAGGCAGGACAAGGAGCAGAGUCGCGAUGGCGGAAGCCACCAAGAUUCUUCGAUGAGCGGAAAAUCACGUAAGCGCUCUGUCAGUUGUCUUCAUUCCGGGAGUGGACAACUGGGAAGCAGACUUCCUCAGCAGACACGAUCUCCAUCCAGGAGAGUGGGGACUUCAUCAAGAAGUUUUUGCAGAGAUAACAAGUCUCUGGGGAAUUCCUCAAAUAGACAUGAUGGCGUCACGCCUCAACAAGAAGCUACGGAGGUAUUGUGCCAGGUCAAGGGACCCUCAGGCAGCAGCAGUAGACGCCCUGGUGACACCAGUUGGUCUAUGUGUUUCCUCCUCUUCCUCUCAUCCCAAAAAUAUUGAGGAUCAUAAGACGCAAAAGAGUACUGACAAUACUAAUUGUUCCAGACUGGCCUCGAAGGGCCUGAUACUCAGAUCUUCAGGAAAUGCUCACAGAAGAUUCUUGGGCUCUUCCUCUCAGGGAGGACCUGUUGCAGCAGGGGCCCUGCGUGUUCCAAGACUUACCGCGGUUACGGUUGACGGCAUGGCGGUUGAACGCCGAAUCCUAGCUGGGAAAGGUAUUCCGGAGGAAGUCAUACCUACUCUGAUAAAGGCUAGGAAGGAGGUGACGGCGAAACAUUAUCACCGUAUUUGGAGGAGGUAUGUAACUUGGUGUGAAACCAGGAAAGCUCCUACGGAAGAUUUCCAUCUGGGUCGUUUUCUCCACUUUCUACAGACAGGAGGGGAUAUGGGCCUGAAGCUAGGCUCCAUUAAAGUACAGAUUUCGGCCCUAUCUAUAUUCUUUCAGAAGGAAAUGGCUUCUCUCCCAGAAGUCCAGACUUUUGUGAAGGGAGUACUGCACAUCCAGCCUCCUUUUGUGCCCCCAGUGGCACCAUGGGACCUUAACGUGGUGUUACAGUUUCUUAAAUCACACUGGUUUGAACCCCUUCAAACGGUUGAAUUUAAAUUUCUCACCUGGAAGGUGGUCAUGUUGUUAGCCUUGGCUUCCGCAAGGCGGGUGUCUGAAUUGGCGGCCUUGUCUUACAAGAGCCCCUACUUGAUUUUUCAUGUGGAUAGAGCAGAGUUGAGGACUCGUCCACAGUUUUUGCCCAAGGUGGUAUCUUCAUUUCAUAUGAACCAACCCAUUGUGGUACCUGUGGCUACGAGUGACUUGGAGGACUACAAGUCCCUGGAUGUAGUCAGGGCCUUAAAGAUUUAUGUUGCCAGGACGGCUAGAGUUAGGAAAACAGAGGCUCUGUUUGUCCUGUAUGCAGCCAACAAAGUUGGCGCGCCUGCUUCAAAGCAAACUAUUGCUCGCUGGAUCUGUAACACAAUUCAGGAGGCUCAUUCUACGGCUGGAUUGCCGUUACCAAAUUCGGUAAAGGCCCAUUCCACUAGGAAGGUGGGCUCUUCUUGGGCGGCUGCCCGAGGCGUCUCAGCUUUACAGUUGUGCCGAGCAGCUACUUGGUCGGGUUCAAACACUUCUGCUAAAUUCUACAAGUUUAAUACCCUGGCUGAUGAGGACCUAGCGUUUGCUCAGUCGGUGCUGCAGAGUCAUCCGCACUCUCCCGCCCGGUUUGGAGCUUUGGUAUAAACCCCAUGGUCCUUACGGAGUCCCCAGCAUCCUCUAGGACGUAAGAGAAAAUAAGAUUUUAAACCUACCGGUAAAUCUUUUUCUCCUAGUCCGUAGAGGAUGCUGGGCGCCCGUCCCAAGUGCGGAAACUCUGCAAGACUUGUAUAUAGUUGUUGCUUACAUAAGGGUUAUGUUACAGUUGGAAUCGGUCUUUGACUGAUGCUGUGUUUUGUUCAUACUGUUAACUGGUUGCGUAUAUUACAGGUUAUAUGGUAUGAUUGGUGUGGCUGGUAUGAAUCUUGCCAUUGGAUUAACAAAAAUCCUUUUCUCGUAUUGUCCAUCUCCUCUGGGCACAGUUUUCUAACUGAGGUCUGGAGGAGGGGCAUAGAGGGAGAAGCCAGUGCACACCCAUACUAAAAGUUCUUUUUAGUGCCCAUGUCUCUUGCGGAGCCCGUCUAUACCCCAUGGUCCUUACGGAGUCCCCAUCAUCCUUUACGGACUAGGAGAAAAAGAUUUACCGGUAGGUUUAAAAUCUUAUUUUAUUAUCCAUCUUCCAAUGCUAUGUUCAGAUAUUUAUUAACAGUUUUCUUAUAUAGUGCAGCAAAUUCUGUUGCACUUUACAAGUGGAAACCGUGAUAACAAAAUAAAACAAUUGGAAACAACAUUGAGAAAACGAGACUGGGUAAUAAAAGACAGUCAGAGGCAGGAAGGCCCUGCUCGCAAGCUUACACUCUACAGGGAGAUAGGCAUUUGUACUCAAGGAUAAGUGUUAUCUAUUAUGUAAAGGUCCACCAUAUUGCAAAUGUCCUUGGUGGGCUGUAUGAUAUGGUCACACAGUGAUGUUGGCCAGCGGUCAGGAGGAUGGGGAAUUGAAGAACAGGAAAAUAUGUGGAGGAUAUAAGUGGGCUCUACAGUGGGGAAGUAAUUGGAUAGGAAAUAUUAUGAAGGUUAUGUGGGCGGUUCCGGAAUUUUUUAAGCUUGCCUGAAAAGGUGAGUUUCCAGGGAGCGCAUUAAGGUUUGGAGACUAGAGAACAGCCUUAUUGUGUGAGGUAGGGCUUUCCACAGAGUGGGUGCAGCCCAAAAAAAGUCCUGCAAUCUUGAGUGGGAGCGAAUAAUCAAUGUUGAUGAAAGCUGUAGAUCUUGUGAAGAGCGAAGAGGUCGGGUUGUGAGGUAGUUUGAGAUAAGCAAAGAGAUGUACAUUGGUGUAGUUUGGUUAAUGGCCUUGUGUGUGAGUAAAGGUAUUUUAUAUUGAAUACGGUAGAAUACAGGUAACCAAUGGAGGGACUGACAGAGCGACUCUGCAUAUAAUGAACAUCCAGUGAUCUAAGAUAAGCCUCACAGCUGCAGUCAGAAUAGAUUGCAGUGGUGAGAGUCUCUUUGAUAAGACCAGUGAGAUGACUAUUGCAAUAAUCAAUACAGGAGAUAAUUAGAGCAUGGAUUAGAGUUUUUGCAGUGUCUUGUGUAAGGUAUGGGCAUAUUUUGGAUCUGUUUUUUUAUAUGCAUGUAGCAAGAGUUAGAGACAGAUUGAAUGUGGGGAACAAAGGACAGUUCAGAAUCGAGGAUGACUCCUCAGCAGCGAGCUUAUGUGUAGGAUUGAUUGUUGAAUUCUCAACAGUGAUAGAGAUAUCAGGUUGGCAACUGCUAUUGGUGGAAAUAUAAUUACUGUAAUUCUGUUUUGGGAAUAAGUUUGAGGUGGCAAGAAGACAUCCAAGAGGAAAUGGCAGAAGAGCAUUCAGUGACACGGACCAACACAGAUAAUGACAAAUCUGGGCAGGAUAGGUAGAUUUGAGUAUCAUUCGCAUACAGAUGAUAUUGAAUCCAAAACAGCUGAUUAGUUUGCCAAGAGAUGUGAUAUAGAUUGAGAAAAGCAGAGGACCUAAGACUGCGCCUUGCGGUACUCCAGCUGAUAGAGGUAGUGAAGAAGUGGAUUCAGAGAAGCGGACACUGAAAGACUGAUUAGAUAGGAUUAGAACCAAGAAAGGGCUGUGUCCUGUAGACCUAGGGUUUGUAAAGUUUGUAUGAGAAGAUAGGUCAACAGUGUCACAUGCAGCAGAGACUUAUCAGUGACCAAAACAUUCACUACUUUUGUCAGUCAGUCUUUGUGGAGUGUUGGGAACGAAAGCCUGCCUGAAGUGGGUCCAGUAAAUUGUGUGAGAUUAGAAAGUGUGUGAGCCGAGUGUAGGCAAGUCUCAAGUAACAUGGAGGGGCACGGGAGCUGAGAGAUGGGGUGGUAUUAGAGAGUUUGGGUCAGAAUUUAGUUUUUUAUAGAAUGGGAGUAAUCACUGCAUGCUUGUACCAGUGGAGACAGAGAUUACAGAUGUUAUUUAGGGUUGGGUUGAGCACAGGAGACAGAUUUACGUAUUUAUGAGGGUGUUGGCUCCAGAGGAGAGGUAGUAGAGUAGCAGGAUGAGAAGAUUGUUGAUACUUUAUCUUCACUUCAAAUCCUGGAAAUGACUCUACUACUGGCUGAUAUAUUCAUUGCUUUUUAUAGCUCUAUUUUUCACCCACAUCACAUAAUUGUACUGUUUGUAUCUUCUUACAUCUAAUAAUAAACUGUGUAACAAUAAUUUCAUAA